AUGACACUCUUCGUGCCAUUUGUGCUCGCGGCGCUCGCGCUGUGGGCAAGCGAGGUCGUGGCGGACGAGCAGCAAUCAGCCAGGAUCAGUGUUACCGGCCCUCUGACCGGUAUCGACCGCCAGACGGGAGCCGCGCCAGCGAGGAUGAACAUCAACGACAUGUGGGCUCGUGGAGGCCCCUCGUGGGACCUGUACGUGCUGGCUCUUGCGGAGCUCCAGGCCGUUGACGAGUCUGAUGAGCUGUCUUACUUCCAGAUCAUGGGUAUACACGGCCUCCCGUUCAGGGGGUGGAGUGACGUCGGACAAGUGGCUGGUGGUUCUAAUAUGGCCGGGUUUUGUCCUCAUAGUCAAACCCUGGUGACGCAUGCCAUUCAGAUAGCUCAACAAUAUGCAAGCGACAAAGCACCAACCUACCGGGACGCGGCAGAAAAGCUGCGGGUUGCUUACUGGGACUGGGCUGCGGUUCCCUCGCUACCAGAGGUCAUCACGCUCGAGAACAUCGGAGUCAACGGUCCCAACGGCCCGGUGACCAUCAGGAAUCCGCUCCACAGCUACUACUUCCAGAACUAUCCGUUCACGCUCCAGUACAUGAACGGUGGACCGCUGUCGAAGCAGAACCACUCGACCCGCUGCCCUACUAAGGAUUUUGUUGACGAUGUCGCCAAAUACAACACUUUCACAACCGUCACAUCCUUCCAAAAUAUGGAGACAGACCGCUACACAUCGACAAGCUUCGAAAGCCCACACAACAACGUCCACAACACCGUGGGCUGCAACAACGGCUCCAUGUACGACCUGAACUGGUCCGCCUUCGACCCGGCCUUCAUGCUGCACCAUGCCAACGUCGACCGUCUCAUCGCCCUGUGGCAGGCCAUCUACCCAAACGCGAGCAUCUUCAACGUCGUCGACUGGGCCGGCGCACUCUACGGCACGCCCGCGGGCUACGUCAGCGCCGACACCCCGCUGAAGCCCUUCCACGACGACGGCGGCGGCUACGACGGCUUUCACACCAGCCGCUCUGUGCGCGACAUCUCCGUAUUGGGCUACACGUACCCGGAGCUCCAGGUGCAGAGCGGAAGUGGCAGUGGGGGCGGUAAUAGUAGUAAUAGUAGCCAGUCCCUAAGCCCGGACGAGCUUGCCGACCACGUCCGCUUCAUGGUCAACGCGCUGUACAGCAACCUCCCGCCCCAGGGCAACGACACGGCGCCGCAGCUGCGCAGCCUCGCCGGCCGCCUGAGGGGCAUGGACAGGGUCCCGACCCGGCGGCCCCACGCGACGCGCAAGACGUGGUCCGUCGCCAUCAGCGUCGACAGGGCCGAGGUGCCGCUGCCUGCCACCAUCGGCUGCUACCUGGGCGGAGAAGGACAGCAGGAGGAGCAGGUCGGCCGCAUGUCGCUGCUUGCGAUCCCGGCUGAGGGCGUCACGCACUCGAGUAUCCCGCUGGAUACGGCGUUGGGCGCCGUUGGGGGCCUGGAUCUUGCUGAUGCGGAGGAGGUGGCUGGGUAUUUGAACCAGACUUUGAGGUUUGAGAUGGUCAAGGGCGAUGGGACACCCAUCGAAAAUAUCGGGUCGAUCCCGAGCCUCCAGUUUGUCGUGCAAGACCGGGAUUACACGCCGCGCGAGAACGAUAUGGAAUUCCCCACGUACGGGCCUGCGAGCGCUCGAAAAUGGGGUAGGAGACAUGGACGGUGGGCAAUGUCGGAUUAA